AUGUACAGAGAUUUCGACAAUGACUUCAACCUUAUAGAUUAUUCCAUUGGAGAAUGGUUCCACUGGACGGAACAAGGCGAUGCGUCGGCCAAGCGUUGCGACAAGAUACUCGUGCCAUUGGACCGCUCUUUCGAUGCCACCGAACGUGCGCUCAGAGUUGCCAAAGAGAUGAUGGCGCCUGAUGGGGAGGGGAUUCUGUUGCAUGUCAUUCCCCCGCAGAACGCCAGGAUGUCGGGGCUUGGGUACAUGUCGGCACAGGAAAUGGAGAACACGGAACGGUCCCGCGCCUUGGGAUUUUUGAGCUAUUUCGCAAACCGCAUGAACCGCGGUCCUGGUGAUUGGCGUCCCGAGGUAGUGGUGGCAAGCUCAGUCGCAGCAGGCAUCCGGGAGACCGCAAUUCGGGAGGACGUGGACGUCAUCGCCAUGUCCACCCACGACCGCCGGGGGCUGGCCAAGCUCAUCAAGGGGAGCGUCUGCGAGAAGGUGAAGGAAUUGGUCCCGCACCAGGUCAGGGUUGUAAGACCUGUCAGGGAAUUGGUGGCCCGGUAG